CUUCGGCCGGUAGCUCCGCGCUUGCUCAACAAUCUGCCUGAUGUGCGCACCCUCCUACUCAGUCUUCCCAGCAAGCAGCCUCCGCUGGACGCGACUGCGCAUGAGUACUGUCUCCCCCACCGGCCCGGCGUGGGAGAAGGGGCUGGAAAUGAGGUUGGGCCAAGCAGCUCGCACGCGCCCCCUUCCCUCCCCUCUUCUCGCUGGGCGCGCGCCGGGUGAUGCAGCUCCGCUGCGACCAAGGGCAGCGCAACAGCUGCAGCGGCCACCGCUGAAGAAGCCCAGAGCCCCGCCCCCGGGGAGGGGCCGUCCUAGGUCUCCCCUCUACCCUCUACGGACGCACCUCCAUGAGGGGGAUGAAAUUUAGCCAUCAGAAGAAAACUGUUCGGGAGGUGUCAAUGGACUGCGACUAAGCCAAGAGCCGGAUUCUUCCUCUAGGUCCUGGGCCAGCAAGAUGCUGGAACGAGAUGCCGAGUCCGCGGCCCGGGGCACCAAUCCUAGUCCCCCUGGCAAGCAACCGAUGACCACGGGAGGAGCUCCCCACCAGGGCCCGCCGCAGAAGCCGGGCCAGUCGGCUCCAGGGCCCACUACCUCCGCGGGGGCGCCUUCACGACUCCGCCGGCGGCCCCAGCCCCAGCGCCUGCACCGCUGUCCCGACUGUGACAAGGCCUUCUCGUACCCGUCCAAGCUGGCCACGCACCGGUUGGCACACGGCGGCGCCCGCCCCCACCCGUGCCCCGACUGCCCGAAGGCUUUCUCCUACCCUUCCAAGCUGGCAGCCCACCGCCUCACGCACAGUGGCGCCCGCCCACACCCAUGCCCGCACUGCCCAAAGGCCUUCGGCCACCGCUCCAAGCUGGCAGCCCACCUGUGGACCCACGCCCCUGCCCGCCCCUACCCGUGCCCCGACUGCUCCAAGUCCUUCUGCUACCCCUCCAAGCUCGCAGCCCACCGCCACACGCACCAUGCCACCGAAUCUCGCCCCUAUCCAUGCCCGCACUGCCCCAAGGCUUUUUCAUUCCCCUCCAAACUGGCCGCCCAUCGUCUAUGUCACGACCCGCCGACAGCGCCGGGCAGCCAGGCCACAUCCCGGCAUCGCUGCUCCAGCUGUGGCCAGGCCUUUGGCCAGAGACGCCAGCUGCUCCUUCACCAACGCAGCCACCACCCGGCUGAGAGUCAGGGGGAGCGGCAGUGAGCCCUGCCCUUGGCUCACUGGCCCCCUCUGCCGCCAGCCCCGGUCAAUAAAGUGGCUUAGAAAUGCUG